CUCGGCAAUACCUUCCUCAUUGCACAAUGACCCUCUUUAAUAUAUUCAUGAGAUCACAGGGCUAAAUGUCUCCCACAGAGAAAGGCAUUUUCCUGUCCCUCCUCCUCCUACAAGGCAGGCAGGCUGACUGACUGACUGACUGCAGAGACCAGAGACGAGGAUCAUUGUGGAGAAGAGGGGAGGAGGAGGAGGAGGAGGAGGAGGAAGAGAAGGGAGGAAGAGAAGGGAGGAAGAUUAUCACAAUCAGAAUCUGCUUCAAUGGCCAAGAGGAAGAGCAUUCCAGGGAAAUGGCUGACCCAGAAUAACACUCGCAGACGCAGGACGACUCAGCAAGGACGCGGGUGAGUGAGUGGGUGAGUGAGUGAAGAUGGACAGCAACCCCCGCAACAACAGCUCCCAAAUGGCAAAAGUGCUUCAGCCUGAAAUACUGCACAAUGGCAGGGAUAGAAGUCUGGUCCCAGUCUCCCCAUCCUCCUCUGAACCCCCCUCUUCCUUUGAAACCCAUUCAUCGUUCUCUGAACCCUCCUCAUCUUCCUCUAAACCCCCUUAUUCCACUGAAACCCCCUCUUCUUCUGCACACCGCCCCUCCUCUCCCCCCUUCGGUAGCGGAGAUGUACGUAGCAGACGUGUGGAGGACGGCGAGGCGGCGAGGACGCGGAGGGACGACGGCGAGGACGCGAGGACGCGGAGGGACGACGGCGCUUCAUCUUGUUGUCUGCUGGAAGAUCUGAAGCGACUUCCACAGUGUGACAAAAAGCUGGGACCUCUGAAAUUCAGCCGUACGCACACGGUCCUCGUAGAUGUUGCUGCCUUCAAUGAUCGAAUUGGACUUUAUCCUCAGAGCGGGAGAGACAUGUGGCACAGUAGCUUUGUCAAAAGUCCGUGUUCACCUUCCAGUGUGAUGAUCAAGACUGGACUGACAAAGUCCCAGACCAGCAGGUGGGACGUGAUCUCCAAGCAGCUGGGCGCUCUCGCCAAGAAGACCGCCGUGAGCGUCGAGGACGUGAAGGACGCCGUCUUCAAAUACAACCCCAAGUAUAAAGGUCAGUGGUCCUUUGAUGCCCUCUCCAUCUUUGUGAAGGUUAUCCCGAAAGAAGAAAAUAACUUCUCCAAACUGUUUCCAAAGAUCGCUGCGUUGGCCUUAAAGCUGCCUGACCUCGUGCAGAAGGGAAUCCCGUUGCUUCGGAGCGGACACCAUGCAUCCAUCACUCUGUCACAAGCUCAGAUCUCCUGCCUGCUCGCAAACGCAUUUUUCUGCACUUUCCCUCAUCGCAACACCACACAUCAUAACGCAGAGUACCACAACUACCCCUCCAUUAACUUCACCAGUCUGUUGGGACAGUGGUCACAGCGGAAGAAAGAGAAGCUGAGGGCCAUCAUGUAUUACUUCCACGUGGUCACAGAUGAGAAGACUCCAACAAAAGGACUGGUGACGUUUGAGAGGCGCUGCCUCAAAGACCAUGUGCAUGACUGGAGACACUGUAAGGGGACGAUGCCAAAACUGCACGUCACAACACGCGGAACCAUCGAGACCGAGGGGACAGGGUUGCUCCAGGUGGAUUUUGCCUGCAGCUCAAUAGGUGGAGGUGUUCUGGGCUCUGGUCUGGUGCAGGAGGAGAUCCUGUUCCUCAUGAAUCCAGAGCUGAUCGUGUCCCGCCUCUUCACUGAGAGACUCGCAGACAACGAGUGUCUGAUUGUUACGGGCUGCCAGCAGUUCAGCCGUUACUCCGGUUACGGUGAGACCUUUGAGUGGGCGGGUCCUCACGAAGACCGCCUCGACAGAGACGAGUGGGGUCGCCUGAAGAGGCAGAUCUUAGCCAUCGACGCUGUGAACUACAAACACAGACGGGAUCAGUACACCAUGAUCCGCGUCACACGGGAACUCAACAAGGCGUACUGUGGAUUUAAGGCUGAUGGGCACAAUGAGCCCGACAUCGCCACGGGCAAGUGGGGCUGUGGAGCUUUCAACGGAGACCCACACCUCAAAGCGGUGGUCCAGCUGAUGGCGGCGGCGAAGGCGAAGCGAGGCCUGGCCUUCUUCACCUUCGAUGAUGAGAAGCUGAAGCAGGGCCUGCAGCAGACGUACCGCCUGCUGGUCACACGGGGAACUACAGUCGGGCAGCUGUACGGACUCCUGGAGGACUUCUGCGCGGUUCAGCAGGCGGCCAGCGGGUUCCACGUGGAUCUGUUUGGCUUCAUCGAGAACACGUUGACGAGUUCCCGGAGUCAGCUGUGAGGACGGGUUCAAGGCCGCUUCAGAAUUUGCACUAAAAUCGAACCCAAAGGUUUUUAUAACAGACAUGAAGAAGCUACUUAAUUACCUUUAGGCUAAUG